AUGGAGUUUGAGCGCCCAACCGCCACGCCGCUCAACUCCGCCAUGACCUACGACGAAGCUUCCAUGGAGCGCAGCAAGAGCUUCGUCAACGCCUUGCAGGAACUUAAGAACCUCAGGCCUCAACUGUAUUCUGCUGCAGAAUACUGUGAAAAAUCUUAUCUCCAUAGUGAACAGAAACAAAUGGUUCUCGACAACUUGAAAGAUUAUGCUGUAAGAGCCCUUGUGAAUGCUGUUGAUCAUCUAGGAACGGUUGCAUACAAGUUAACUGACCUUCUUGAGCAGCAAACAUUGGAUGUCUCAACCAUGGAUUUGAAGGUCACUACCAUAAAUCAGAAACUUCUUACGUGCCAAAUUUACACUGAUAAAGAAGGUCUACGGCAGCAGCAAUUGUUGGCUUUCAUUCCCAGGCAUCAUAAGCACUACAUUUUGCCAAAUUCUGUCAAUAAAAAGGUGCAUUUCAGUCCACACAUACAAAUUGAUGCAAGACAGAAUCCAUUUCAAACCAGAACCCGUUUACAAUCUUCAGGCACCCCUGCAGCGAAAACUCUUUCAUGGCAUUUAGCAUCAGAGACAAAGUCUACCUUAAAAGGGUCUUCUCACGCCUCCCCAAACAUUGAGAACCCAAAGUUUUCUGCCAAGGCUUCUGGAGUUUUCCAUCUUUUAGAUAAUGAAGAGAACACCUGGAUGAAAUCCUCACCCGCACAAAUUCACUUUUCAAAUGGAGUUCCUGCAUCUAGUACACCUCUGCAUACUUUAGGUGGUACACGCAAGGAUACACUGGAGGGUUCGAAACCAUUGACAGCAUUCAGGUCAUUUGACAACCCAAAUCGGCGCGAGACUGUCCAAGUCCCUACUCGAAGCAAAAGUGUGCUAUCAGCUUUCUUUGUUAAGCAUAAAACAUCAAAGUUGAAGGCCGGCUCUUUCUUAUGA